AUGGCGACUGCGCCUCUGCUGCCGAUCGUAUGGGGCUGGGCGCCCGUAGAUCGGGAGACUCGGAACUGGCAGAACACCACUUUCCGAAGGGAGCUUCGACUCGAAGUGGCCUACUGGAAGGCCCGCCACCAGGACUUGCUGAAGCAGGUCAGUGCGAUGAGGGCAGAGAUUGCGGAUUUCGACAGCGAGAUCAAGCGGCACGAAGCACUCUGGCCCAAGGCUGCUGACAUCGCGAACGAUCUUGAGGCGAGCCGCAGUCGAAUCGAAAGCCUUUUGCACCUCCGACUGCGUCUUCUGGAAGACUGCCAGAGGCUUCCCUUGGCGCGCUUGGCGGCAUCAGCCGAGGCGCCUCUCGAGGUCGAAGUCUCGAACGCCGACUCCAUGGCUCCAUCCUCUGAUACUUCGGGCGAGAGGAGGGCAUCCAGCCCUGAGAAGGAAGCGCAGGAUUCGGAUCCCAGGUUCCCAGAAGCUGCAAACCUGGCGGCCUCCUUGGCGGACGGCUCUUGGUAUGGGGACCCAAGUGCUGCCAAGCAGCCGGUGCAUGUGGCAGAUCCGGAGGGGCCGGAGAACAUGGCUGGCAGGGAGUGUUCUACCGACAUGCCGGCGUAUGUUGACGUUGCGGAUUUGUUUUGGAACGUUGGUUCGAACGGGCAUGCCAUGGGUGAAUGCCGGCCAUGCAACUUCUUCCAUGGCAGUGCUGGCUGCUCCAGGGGCAGGAGCUGCAGAUUCUGCCACCUUUGUCCAGCUGGCAGGGCCAAGAAGCGCCGCAUGAGGCUGAAGCGGGGGCUGAGAAAGGCCGCGCAGCUCGAGGACAAGAUUCUCGACCAACAGGAGACAGCAUUCGAACUGGGCCUCUGCGUGUCCGCAGAACGUCAACGGUUGCGUCGUGCCCAUGAGGAUGCAAAAGAAGUGGGCAAGCUGAUGUUGUCCGCCGAGAAGGAGUACCAGGACGAAAUGUACGACGCGGCGAUGCGGGAUUUCCAUCGCAAACAAGCCAAGGUGAUGGAACGGGAUGCGAUGCAGCUUCACGAGACUGCCGCGUUGCUGCACUUGAAGAGCUAUCCUCGAACAUCUCGAUCGCCCUGGAGCUAUGGUCGGGAAUCUCGGGUGCGGUACGUUCCGGUCUUCGUGGUUGGUAUGCGGCACACAUAA